AUGAGAUGGGCUAACUCAAUACGACGCAGGUCGGCCGGCAGAGACGACGUAGCCGUCAAGUGGGCCUGUAUGACAUUCACUCAAACGCCGAACCGACGACCUCCGAUAAACCCGCCUCCAUACCACCGUUCUCCCAGUUUUACCUGCUCCCCUCAAUUUGCUCUUGUCUCCUCUGCCUCUGCUGCUGCGUCUCCAUUUCAACCGGCCUCGGCCCGCCUCGUCGUCCGUCGCGAAUUUAAGGCCACAUUUGCCUCAUCAACCAUUUUCUAUUAUGCUUCUCUCUCAAGUCUCUCAACGUCCAGCGAGUCGGAGCCAAACGUCCAGAAGGUGACCCCGCCUCCACAGACCUGCAGGACAGGACAAGACAGGACAGGACAGGACAGGACAGGACAACACGCCUCGGACUGUGAGGUAGCUAUGCAACUUGCCAGACGUCGGCGUCAGGGCCGUUUGUGCUCGAGAUGGCCGUAA